AUGAAAAGUUUAUCGACAGUGGAUAGUGACGAAGAAGAACACUUUGAACCAAUAAAGAGAACCAGAAAGUUAAAAAGAAUUAUUCAAGAUAGUAGUAGCAGUGGCGAAGAUGAGGAUGAUAUUCCACUUAUUCAAAGAAAGGCAGCUCAGAAAAAGCUGGUGGUUCCUGAAACCCCACCAGCCAAGAAAGUGAAACUUUCUUCUCAGGAACAGUUCGAGUCGCCCAAGAGUAUAUUCAAGUUGAAUGCAAAGACAAGGAAUCAAUCGAACAAUAUAUAUGGUUUAUUGAGCAAGUCUCGUAUGCAUAACAACAGCAUCGAUAAACAACCUUCAAAGCCGCCCCCAAAAGCAAAUAUAGAAAAACCUAUCCAAAAAGACAUACAAGCUACUGAGAAACCUGUUUCCAACAACCCUAUACCACCACCAUUUUCCAAUGUAUUCAAAGCUUCUAUGGCGCCGCCCUUGAAUGGGUUUAAAACACCUAUCUCGCCUUCUCCUAAUGAAUUCAAGGCACCUACUCCACCUUCUUCUAAUGAAUUUAAGGCUUCUAUGGCUCCAUCACCUUCAAACGGACUCAAAGUGCCUAUGAUACCAUCAACUCCCUCUAAUGAUAUGAAUAUGGGCUUUACAGAGACACAAAAAAACGAAUUAAUCACCAAUCGAUUAUCACAUUAUAUCACUUGCAUAUGUCAAGAUUUAGAUCAAUAUAACCAAACAAAAAAGAGACAGGCAGAUUCAUUUUUGACAUUCAGUGAUGAUGAUCUUCCUAUGCUGGAUAUCUCUGUCAUGCAAAAAUUUACUACAAUGAUUUCACAUACAGUUCGACACAACCAAACACUAGAUGGGAUUGACAUGAACAAGUUUGGCAAGAUUAUCAAGCUCAUGGAAAACACUGUGAUUGCCUCAACAGAAAUAGACGCCAUUGAAUACUAUGCUAAGAACACAACACAAGACAGAAAAGCACUAUGUAUGCUGACAACCAUCAGCGAUGCAUUUGAAGCAUGUUGCAUGAUUUUUGAAAUUGUCACCACUUGCAAACUCGAUAAAAAGUUCAUUUCUCACAAUUUAAUCACAAAUUGCUUACAUUUUAUCAAGAAUCAACUCGAUUAUACCAUAUACCCAUUGCUUGAUUUAAAUGAUGCUCAGGAUGAAAGCAUGUCUUUGACACCCAACGCCCUUGUCUUUCUUAAGCUUGUUCAAUCUUCACCACAGGAUAAACGUUUAUUGUCUACUUUUAUUCCUAGUAUGAUUCGGUUCUUUCGUCGUGCUUAUUCACUCAUCACUAUGCAAGACUUGGAUGAUGAUGUGUUAGUGAUUGUUGCCUAUAUCAGUAUGGGUCCCUUUUUUCAUGAUACCUCUGAUCCUCAGUCUAUCUUGUUACAGAUCAGACAGGACGAAAACAAAUUCAAUCCAUAUGAACAACUCAAGUUUUAUGCACUGGACAUGCUAAAGCACAUAUUCAGCAAAUACCCAAAACACCGUCGUUGGAUUUUUGAAGAAAUAUUGACCAGUCUUGGAUCAUUGACAGUCAUGGAUGGCACACGAAAGUAUCGAUUAAGAGACAAUAGGACCAUUCAUGUCAUCAGUGCUUUGUUCAUGCAACUCGUACAAUGUAGUGCGUCUAUCAGUGACAUAUCUUCGCAUAAAAAUUGGUAUAAAAAGUUCAAUAUCAAGUAUCAGAAAAUGCUCAAGAAUAAUGAUACGGAUCAACUGAAAAUGUUGGAUGACAAGUUGAUUCGACGUGCCUCUGUUACUUGGAGACAAAGUACAGAAGCAGCUACCAACAGUGCUUCUUUCUUUCUCGAGUUUCUGAUGUCCAAGUGCAAAUCAAAGAAAUCAGAUACAUAUUCACUUCAAGAAUACAGACUGAUUUUGGAACAAACAUUACAGGAUAUCAUGACAGUGCUCAAUGACCCCGAUUGGCCUGUGGCUGAACUUAUUGUACGCGUAUUUAGUCGUAUCUUGAUCUCGUUACUGGAAGGUACUUCUUCAGAUCAAUACCUGAAAUCAUUGGCUGUAGAAUGGCUAGGUAUUAUUGCAAGCAAGAUCAAAACUGGCUAUAAAAAACUCUCGGGUGACUACACAAGCUAUACUCCUGAAUGGUUGUUUGACUUGAAUGAAAAGCUGCCUUUUCAGAUCACAAUGGAAAUAGAUAUUGGGUCUAUUUUCUUGUUGGAUCAAUGCCGUAAAAAGCUUUUGGAUCAUGUGAUUGCAGAGCGAGCAAGUCAGAAUGUGAUUAGUUUUUAUCUAUGCAACUGGGGAUUUAUUGAAUCAGUUGUCUGGACCAAAGCAAAUAAGGGCUGGGAGAUAGAAGAAAAGAGAAAGCUACCACAGAACAUAGAAGAAAAAGACGAUACGCUUAUGAACACCACACCUGUAAAGGAAGACGAAGCGAUUGAAUUGAAAUGGCCAAGAGAGACAGCCAUGCUAUUAGAAGACACCUGCAAGUACUAUUGGCUUUCUUGUCUAGGCAUGGAACAUCCAUUCCCUAAGUCUCAACCUCAGCAUGAAUUUCCUGAAAUGGCACGAUCAGAUUAUGCUCUUUUGACAGAAUUGUUGGCUUCUAGACAGACACUUUAUACCAGUUACAAAUUUAUCUUGUCAGAAAUCUUGGCUUGUUUAGAGAAAGAUGCUGUGGUUUAUAGAACAAAGGCACUCAAGGCCAUUGGGAAGAUUGCUGUUGAAGUACCAGAGAUAUUAGAAGACAAACGUAUCAGUAAAGUGGUGGUGCAAAGGGUGCAUGAUACAUCUCCUUCUGUUCGAGAUGCAGCUAUUGAUGUGCUUGCCAAAUAUCUUCAUCGCUCAAGCACAGUUCCUGACCAACUCUAUCAAGUCAUUAGUAGCAGAAUUAUGGAUACAGCUAUCAAUGUACGAAAAAGAGUAGUAAAACUGCUGAGUGGACUUUAUUUCAAAUUUACAGACCCUGAAGUCAAAAUGAAUAUUGCUUCCAAGCUCAUUCAAAGAAUUGGUGAUAAUGAAAUGACCAUCAGUCAACUUGCACUCAAAGUAACACAAGAUAUUCUAUUUGUGCCAUUCAAAGAGAUUGAAAAGGAUGGAAAUGACUAUUUUGGUUAUUCAUUUGCCAAUUCGCCCAAGCAACGUAAACACAAAAUCAAUGAAUUGACACAUAUCAUUAUUGGCGCUGUUGCCAAGUUGGAUCCCUCCAUUGCAGGACAAAAUGCUGCUUUAUCUCAAAUUGUUCAAAAGACAAUGGACGAAGCAGAUGAAAAGGCGUCUGUUUGGUAUAACAAAGUCUUUCAAUGGAUUGUUGAUUCUUUGUUUGAGCGAAUGAUUUUAUUAGAUGAACAAGACAAGAUGACUGAAUUUAAUCAUUCUCUUAUCACUGUCUAUUCGUUUACCAAGUCUUGCCCUAACUUGCUUCGUGAAUCGCAUGUUUCUAUGCUACAACCUUAUCUUAGUGUAUCUGAAAAUGCUGAUUGGACAAGGGCGCGUUAUGUAUUGACUAUCUAUCGAGAUGCUUUGCCUCUUAUGAAGCACCAUAACCCUGAUUUUAUUCAAUCGAUUGAACGGGUAUUAAUGCGACUGUUGGGUUGCUGUCCUUUAGGUUUGAUUCCAAGCGGUAUUUCUUGUCUUUGUGUCAUUGUAGACAAGAUUUCGCAUCGAUACAACAUUUUAAUCAAAAUGCUUGGAUCUUGUAUUACUAAAUUAAAUCAAGUCCGUCAGUUGAUUACAGAAGGCCAAACUGAGGAUAGUCGAAUCUUUGGAGGCAUAUUAAAGAUGCUCAUGAUAUGUGGUUUGUUAUGCCAAAACUUUGAAUUUGACAAGAAGCGUGAACAAUAUCCACAGGAAAUGGAAGCCCUGAACAUGGUCUAUCGAGGUGAUAUUGGUAUCUUGGUCUUUGAUCUCUUGCGAUUCUUUACCAGCGAAUACAUGGAUGAACUAAGUAACGAUGGUAUAUCUAUGCGAAUGACAGCCUUGCAGGGCCUAGGCUAUUUCUAUGCCUCCCAUCCUACCUUUAUGAUUUCAGAUGAAAGCACACGUCUGAUGGACAAGAUAUUCAACGAAGGCACAACUAAAAUCAAGACACAACUCAUGAUGGUAUUUCAAGAAUUCUUGAUGGCUGAAGAAAAGCGUAUUGGCAAGCGAGAACAAGAAGCAGGUUCUUCUUUGUUUACCAAAGAUAUCGAUGUGGACACACUGUUGGGCAAUACAGAAGAAUAUGCUGAAUUAGGCGUGAAUGGUUCCUUGAUGCAACGCUAUUUACGUAAGAUUCUUGAUUGUGCUCUGGCUGGAUUAGAUGAAUUGCGCUAUGCUGCAUUUGAAGUAGUGUCUGCUAUUGUUCAUCAAGGUUUAGCUAAUCCUGUGUUUUGUAUGUCGGCUAUUGUGGCAGCUGAAACAAGUCCAGAUGCCAUUCUUCGCAACAAGGCUUAUUAUUUACAUCGCUAUGCGCAUGACAAAUAUGGCACUUUGCUCUAUAUCCAAAUGAACGAGUAUCUGAUGGCAUCAUUUCAAUAUCAGCAAAUGCUCGCUCAAGAUCAACAGGUGGUGGUAUGUGGCUAUUCUCACCGAGGAGGAGAUGCUAAAGUAGAUUCUGUCUUGGGCCUUACUUUCUCUAUUCUCAAGGAUAAAAAGAAACUCAAAUUUGACUUUUUGGCAGCCUUGAUCAAGCCUUUUGAUUUUGAUCUCAAGAAGACAGCAGAUGAGGACAUUGAUAUUGGUUACAUGAAGUACUUGGGUGAGAAUUUAGUGGCGAUGGAUUUAGCAACAGCAGACGAAGUGUUAUAUAUUGUUUAUUUGAUGGAUCGUAUCUUAAUUACAUUGGGCGCAGAUUUAUUGUCCUAUGUUCAUUUUCUACAGAAGCAAGAUAUCCUUGUACCUGUAUCAGAAGAAGACAAUGACGAGCCAGUGACAGACAUUGAUUUUAUGGUAGCUUCCAAAUUGUCUGUUGUGAUGUGUAUUUUGCUCUAUGUAAAGACACUUUUGAUAGAAGUUUAUGAUAUUCCUGAUGAUGAAAUUCGUGAAUAUAAUCCCAAUGUCAAGCGAAAAGGACGUGAUGUAACUCGAGAUUUUGAAAUGGAGCAAUUUGUAGACUGGAAUAGAUUAUUGUAUUUUAAGAAACAGCAACUGUUAACCAAACAAACAGCCUCAGAUGCAUGUAUCAAAUUUGAACAAUUGCUUAUGAACGACACUACAGCUGCUUUUGUUGACUCUUUGUAA